AAUAAUUAGUCUCUCUGGAGUAGUCGAAUCAAAACCAGGGUUUCUCUUCAUUAUGGCGAGCUCUAUAGUCCUCAAACUUGCUUGUUUGGUGCUAGUUUGCACAGUGGCGAUUGCCCCCCUGGCCACAGCUGAUGUAAGCUGUGGGCAGGUGGUGAAUGACUUGACCCCAUGCAUUAACUACGUCUCAAACGGUGGAACAGUGCCUGAAAACUGUUGCAAUGGCGUCAAGGCACUGUAUCAAGCGGCUCAGACCACGGCAGACCGCCAGAGUGUGUGCAAAUGCUUGAAAAAUGCAAUCAGUGGAAUUCCAUACACGAACUACAACCUUGGCCUGGCUGCGGGGCUUCCUUCAAAAUGCGGCGUUAAUCUUCCUUACAAGAUCAGUCCCUCUACUGACUGUAGCAGCGUGAACUAAAAUGAGGAUGAUGAUCGAGGAAGCAGCAGUGACAGUGUUUUCCUAUGCGUUUAGUUUUAGAAUAAGAGGGUAUAAGUCCUCCUGGAGCUUCCUGAUCAUGAGGAAGCUUCAAGUGUGAGAUUUAAUAUGUAGCCUCUCAAGUCUGUCUUGUUUCAUAUCAUCUAGUUCGAUCGACUUGUAUUUAUUGUGUUGUAAUGUUGUUUUAAUUAGUCAA